AUGCCGAAAAAAACGUUUGGCCAAGACUCGUCGAAAGAGGAGGACGGGCACAACAACAACCGCAAUAAAAAUAGUUUACAUAAAAGUGGCAAUAGGAAAGGGGGAGGACACGGCGGCAUCCGAUUCAUCAAACAAGGAUACGAUCCGUUAACUGGUCAACUCCACGAAGUUGUUAUCUAUCGUAAGAAACAAAGAAGCAGAAAAUCGCGCAAGAAAUUUGGCAGUGCUGCUGCUGCACAACACCGGAAACUGGCUCAUCUGUAUGAUCCGAAUGGAAUUGAGGAGCCUGAUUCUUCUUCAGUUGUCGUUGAUAAUAAUGAUGGUAAUCGAGAACAGGAAGAUAAAGCGAGUGAAUCAGAAUGUGAAAUACUGAUAGACAAAUCCUUCGUAUGGAACGAAAAAGAUUUGUAUGCGCCUCCAAACAUUCUUACCACAUUGGGACAACAACAAACUAAUCAAAGUAGUCAUCAUCAUGAUGAAGGCCAUUCUAACACAUUAUUAGAAAUAUUAAUCGGUACCAAACUUGAUAAUACUGGAGCGACUCCUGUAUCAGCUGCUGCUGUGCUAAACAAUAACUCAGGCGGUGCAUCAAUUUAUCAAAAUGCCGAACAAAAUCUGAAACCAAUCAAAAUGGAAUCUGAAUUAUUCUCUUCGUAUCGAAAUUAUCAUAAACAUCAUCAAAUCAAUUACAAUAAGGAUGAUGCUUCAUCAGUUGUAGAAAGCUCUUUACAAUCAAUUGAGACGAUCUCUAAUAGCAAUAUUGGAAAUUGGACAGUUGAUAAAAUAGGAGAUCUUAGCUUACUUGAAACUCAAAAAGUCACCAAGGUGACCAGUUCAUUUACACCAGUAAAGACCGAGAUCGACUCAACUACAUCUUAUACGAAUGAGGAAAUCAGUGGCAGUGGUGUCGGAGGAAUUGACGAUUCAUAUAUAUAUGAAAAUGAAGAGACCGGUGAAAUAAUCGUCUAUAAACCCAAACCACAAAAAUAUCCGAGAACAAAUGAGAAUCAAUCGUCAUUAUCAUUAAACCUUCCAAAUACUGAAGAAAUUAAAGAAAACAAAAAAAACAGUCGACGAGCUCGUGCUAAACAACGAAAAUCACGUAAAAAAAGAUUUUAUAUUGAGCACGUGACUGAUUCUGAAGAUGGCGAAGAGAACGAAGUGCUAAAUGAUUAUAUUGAAAACACUGCCACCGCAGACCUUGAAUAUCUGAAAAAUAUAUCUUCAUCACAUGAACUAGAAGAAAAGAUCCGAUCCAUCAAUAUCAAUGGUGAUGAGGAAGAGGAAGACUCCGACACUAUUAAAACAGAAGAAAAAGAUAAUAUUUCCAAGAAAGGUAAAAAAAGUAGAAAAUCGUUUCGUCACGAUGACGAAUUUAUCCCUGAUAAACAUGAAAUCGGUUAUGAUUCGUGGGAUGAUUAUUACGUGGACGAUAUAAAAAUUCUGCUGGAUGAUGAUGAAAUAGAAGGACCGCUUUAUAAAAAACGUGGAAACAAAAAACGUGGAAAUCAAAAACAGCGCGGUGUAAUCAGUGGUGGAUUCAUGGCUGAUUCGUAUGACAUGAUUCCCGUUUCAGGAAGCUUAAAGUCACGUCUUAAUAGAAAAAAGAACUCCGAAGGCGGACGUAAGAAAGGAAAAGGUCAGCGUCAAGAACCCUACGUAGAGUUACUGGGUAUCCAUAAAACAAUCCUCAACUUUAUUAAGGACGACACCAUCAAGUCUUUUCAUUUUCAACCUUACGCGUCUGCCGCUCGUCGCUGGAUACAUCUUAUCUCGAAACAGUAUAACCUGAAAUCUGAAAGCACGGGUGCUGACACUAGAAUCCCACCAGACCAAUCAUCAAUCGACAAGUUAGUCAAUCGAGGAAGAAUGCAACUUGCAAACGUAUGCACAAACUUGAGUAAAGAGGAAAAGGAAAAGUUGAAGAAUAAAAUAAGGCCGACGGCUAUGCUUAAACACGGGACUGUCGUCGGAGCUUCGGCAGCACCAUUGACAUCUGAUAACAUUGGACAUCGUAUGCUCUCGAAGAUGGGCUGGAAAGAAGGCACUACCUUGGGACAAAAUGGGGGCAUAUCACAGCCUCUCGAAACCAUUAUUAGGCUCAAAAGAACCGGUCUUGGAUUGCCUGUUUGA